UGCUUUCCUCCGUACUGAGGGGUCCCAAGUUAAAGUGAAUGCACCGACACUCAGAGGCCGGAGCUGAGAGCCCAAACUUUGCAGACUGUUUGCUUGAUUUACUCAACCUCGCAGGUGUUUUCUUCUUCUAGCUUUCUACUGAAUUGAUCGAUUGCUUAUUGUUUAUAGAGGAAAUUAAAAGGGCUAUGAGAGAUUAUGCAACUGUAAAAACGGGUAUGAGAGACUUGAUCUGUACUACUCUGGGACGACGAGGAGGACGAGGUGUUCAAAAGAAAUAUGAGAAGCUUCAGGAUAUUGUAAACGAGAGCAGAGUGAUACUUAUGGAUCUACAAUGGCGGCGUAUGCUGGAUGGAAAUGAUGAUGAAGUAAGGAAGUGGUUUGACAAGAUUGAAGCAUUACAUUCUGAAGCAGAUGAUGUGUUUGACGAGUUGUCAUAUGAAGCCAUGAGAAUUAUUCAAAUGGAGGAGAAAGAGGAGAUCCAAAAGUACUAUUGCAUGAGCAUGACUACCACCACCAGAAAGGUACGCAUUAUAAAUUCCUUUCCGUCACUUCUAUUCCGUCAUAGAAUGUUGUCUGGUAAAAUCAAGGAUUUCCAAGAUGUGGUAGAUGAGCUGAAAUCAAAAUUGAAAUUGAAAUUCCCCGAUAAUCAUCAUCAAGUAAAUGAUGAAAUAGGCCACCCACUUAUAAAUUCCUCCGCUCAUGAUACUGAUUAUGCUUUCCAAGUAUAUAGAAGGGAUGAGGAGGAAACAGAAAAGGUAUUUGAAUGGGGGAAGGAAAAAACAGAGAUUGUUAAUAAGUUGUUGUUAAUGGCGGAUCAUCAUCCAAACAUUAAUAUUAAUGGUGAAGAAGAAACGCUGUGUGUCAUUCCAAUAGUAGAGUGGGAGUAUGUCAACACUGAAAGACUAGCAAAGCUCAUCUUCGAUGAUGAGUCAAUAAAGUCACAUUUUGAUUUGAGAUUUUGGGUUAAUGUGCCUGAGAUUUUUCUUGACGUGAAAAGAAUAGUAAAAGAAAUAGUUGAACAGUCUCCUAGUAGAAGUAGAAGAAGAAGUACUAUUAUGGGUGGUGGUGGUGGUGGUGAUUUAACAAAUUGGAACAAUUUACAGCAGAUGUUAGAAGAGAUUUUGAGUGGGAAAAGGUUUUUACUUGUAUUGAGUGACAUGUUACCGCUCUCAGAAAAAAAUAAUAAAGAAAGGUGGGAUAAUUUAAUAACUUUGUUAAGAGUUGGCUCCAAAGGAAGCACAAUUAUUGUAACAACACCGUAUUUUGCUGAUGCAUUAAAAAUGGGGACAAUUCUUCCACAUAUAUUACGUGGACGAUCAUCACUGGAACCACUAUGGGCAGUGUUCAGGAGAAAUGCAUUUGCAUUUGGAAGCAGAGAAGGUGGUGCUGUGGAAACUCCAGAUCUGGUCAGAAUAGGAUUGGAACUUGUUAAAUUUGGCUCAGUUAAUAUGUGGGUGUCAAGAAUUCUAGGUGCCAUGAUGCACUUCAAGACAAAUAUAGAAGAAUGGACAACUGUCCUAAAUACUAUGAAAACACUAAGUAGCAGUGGCCAUUCACCUCAAGAGUCCACGCUGAUGAUUUGUCACAAUGAGAUGGAGUCACCAUUGAAACUAUGCUUUGCAUAUUGUUGUUCAGUAUUUCGCAGGGAUUUUAUAAUUGAGAAGAAGAAAUUGAUUCAACUGUGGAUGGCUCAAGGUUUCCUAGAACAAUCAUCAUCAUCAUCAUCCAUUAACAAUGGUGGUGGAGAUCAUGAUGAUGUAAUAUUAAUGGAGGAGGAGGAUAUAGGUAAUGCAUAUUUCAAAUCAUUGGUGCUGAGAUCCUUCCUUCAAGUUGUCAAAAUGGAUGAUAAAGAUCAACCAUUAGAGUGCAGGAUGGAUAGCGGUUUACGAUUUCAUGCUUCGAUCAUUCUAGAAUCAUUAAUAAUGGAACAACGGACAUCUCUUGAUUUUCAUAAUAAUAUUUCUCCUGGCGAGUUAUUAAAGUUUAAGAGGCUGCGUGUACUUGAACUUAAACACGUCAGCAAAGAUGAGUUGCCAUCCUCAAUUGGAGAGUUAAUGCACUUGAGGUAUCUUGAUCUUUCUCAUGGUCUGUUUAAAGAAUUUUACCUCCUUCCAUUUCCAAACUCUACCAUUUGCAAACUUUGAAACUCUUCCAUUGUAGAUUUCUUCAAAGAUUGCCUAAAGGAAUGAUAAAACUGAUCAACUUGAGGCAUCUAGAAUUUGAAGGAAGGCUGAGCAUUCCAAAAGGUAUAGGGCAACGUCUGAGUAACCUUCGAACCUUAUCUUCAUUUAAGGUGGGAGGCAAUAACAUUAAUAAUGAAGCUGGUAUUGAAGAGUUGGGAUCUCUACAAAAACUUGGAGGAAGUUUGAGUUUAAUCAGUCUCGAUAAUGUGAAAAAUGGAGCAAAUGCUAAAGCAGCAAAUUUGAAGGGGAAAGAAAAACUCCAAGAGUUGACAUUAGAAUGGGAAGUAGAUUGGCAUGUUUGUACCAAAAAGGAUAGCACCGAAGAAGACGAUGUCCUUGAAGAGCUCCAGCCUCAUCCAAAUCUACUUCUUUUGAGGAUACUACGUUUCAAUGGCACCAAGCUCCCUACAUGGUUGAAUGGGAGUUCGUAUCUCUCGAAUUUACAGGAACUAUGUAUUUACUCAUGUCACCAUGUGGAGUCUUUGGAUUUGAUAGACUUAAGGUCCCUUCGGAAACUGAUGAUUUCAUAUUGUGAAAAGCUGGAGUAUGUAGGAAUGGAGGGUCACAUGGCCUUGGAGCUUGUGGAAUUU